CCCCCCCCCCGACGCCGGCCCCCGGGCUCCGCCUCGAGGUGGGACGGGAUCCAGGCCCCCAAGCCCGGGACCCCUGCCCUGCAUCCCGGGCGGGGGAUGGAGGCGCUGGCGGAGCUGCUGGCCGCGCUGCCGUUCUGGGGGACCGCGUUGGCGCUGCUGCUCGCCUCGCUGUGGCUCUGGCGGAGCCAAGCCCGUGCGCCCCGGAGCUCCGAGCUUCCUGCUCUCCCAAAGCAGGCCCGGCCCUCCGCGGGCGCCGAAGAGGUGCAGACGCGCGGAUCCGCAUCGUACGAGCUAGAGGAGCCUUGGGUGAGGGCAGGGAAGGAGGAGGAGGAGGAGGAGGAGGAGCCGCAGCCGGAGGAGGAAGAAGCGAGGCAGAAGGAAAAGCCAAACUCUGACAGUAAGAAGAUGCCACUACUAGCUGACCUAGAAGAAGAUGAAGAGGAGGUAUUCUCAUUUAAAUAUAGCCCUGGGAAAAUGCGAGGAAACCAAUAUAAGAGGAUGAUGACCAAAGAAGAGUUGGAGGAAGAACAGAGGGUUAAAAAAGAACAGCUAGCUGCCAUCUUCAAACUCAUGAAGGACAACACUGAGACUUUUGGAGAGAUGUCUGAUGGAGAUAUGCAGGAACAGCUCAAGCUUUAUGAUAUGUAGGCUCAAAAACAACAGAGCUCUUCAACAGCUGCUGCCUUACUCUGCAACAAGACUUUGAAAACAAUUGUACUGUGACUGUUAUUAGAUUAGAAACUCUUGUUUUCAGAUUUUUAUAGGUUUAAAUACAUACAUAUGCAUAUAUAUGUAUAUAUAUGUAUGUUCUUUUUGCAUAUGCUAUUUAUAUUUUAUCUCAUAGGGAUCAGCAAUACUCCGCAUAGAGGAAGAGGGGUGGGCAGACCCUGUUAGCUGAGUUUCCCUCCUUAUUCCUUGUUGUUGAGGUUCGGACUAUGUGACAUAAUUAGUACAUAUACCUUAUCUUUUCACUUGAGCUAAGAAAUUCCUCAUGUUAGUUCCAAGACAGACAGUAAUAUGGGACCAGACUAGAUGAUGCUGACUCAGGGCUGACUCAGUCCUAACUCCUGACACAGUAGUAAGCUGUUUGGGAGGAUUUAGGAGUGCUAAAAGUUAUAGUAUCUUUACUAUUGGCAUCCUUAUAAGGCUUUUAUAGAGUUAGGGUCUAAGAAUUUUUUUGAGGAUCUGAAGUCUGUUUCUUCCUAGACAGUCUAAAAGUCUAUUUCAAAGACUCAUCUUCCUUUGUGGAUCAAAAUAAAGGUACUAGAAAUGAUGUUAUAAGAAUCUGUUCUAUGUUAUUUCUAGUCCUUGUUCAAUUCAAGUGUAUGAAGAGUGCUAGGCACUGCAGGAUAUACAAAAGAAGCAAAAGAUGUGGCAUUUGACUUGGAGGAACUGCCAAUUUCUAGGGAAAGAAAUAACCCCAACAUAAAACAAUAGAGAUAACAAAAUAUUUAACUGACAUCUAGACAGGAACUCCUCUGAUGGCUUAUUGUGGUAUGGAAAUGACCCUUAGUUCUUGAAGGUUCUUCAAGUGUGUGAGCUGGAGGAGGAACUCAUUUUUAUGCUCUGGGCACCAGUCCAGCUUUGUUUGGAGAGAUUCAUCACCUCACAUGGCUUCAGAUUAAUGAAUCAUUAGCCAUAGCAACUCUUAAAGACUUAUCUGCCAAGGGGUAAUAAUAGCUAGCAUUUUUGCAGUAUCUUAAGGUUUGCAAAGCACUUUACAUAUUGACAGGAAUAUCCACAUUGUUGAAAUCAUAAACCCGUUGAAGUGUGAGUGCAUCCAAUUUUCUACUUAGUUGCAGCGACUGCCAGUUACAAUUCUGGCUCAGAAGCUGAAAGAUGCCUUUAUGCAGAAUGGGAUCCCUCAGGUCUGAUUGCUAAACUGUGUCAGUCAAGUUGCUGCAAUCAUUUCCCAGCAACCAGUGGUUCCAUCAUGUUUGUACUCAUGCUCCAGCAUGUUUUAUUACAUUUUUGUUUGCCUACUUCAUGUGCAGCUUUUCCAAGUCACCUCAUCCACAACAUGAAGCUACUGUUUAGUUAAUUAUGAGUCUCGUGCACUAAACUAAUAAACGACUUUGAGUUCAUUUUUCUGAUAAUAGAUCAAUUUACUUCUGCCUCACUGGUGGAAAAAGCAGGCCCAUUUGUGGCCAAAACAGCCGUCUCAGAACUAACUCUCAAACAGGUGUAUGGUUUCAAAUAAAGUAUGUGGCAUGUCCCAUGUUAAUUUUUUUCUUUUCUUUUUUCUUAAAAACUACGAUUUGUUAUGUAGGAUAACUCUCUGAGAGGAAGACAGGGAAGUAGAUGAAUGCUGGGAGAAAUUCUGGUGAUAUUAAAAAAAAGAUAUAAAUAAAAAUUUGUAAAAAGGAAA